AUGGCUGCUGGGUUCAUUCCUCUUGCUUUUGUCCAGCUCAUGUACUACGACCAUGUCAAGAGCAUCCGGAUCCUAGGCGCUCUGACUCGCAAGCAGCUGAACAUGAAAAAGGCGCUGGGCCCGGACAGCCAGAUCGAGUUCCCGGCUGUGAGCGAGACUCCGCUGCUUAUUACCAGAUACAGCCUGUCGGGAUCAGACCCCAGCACGCCGGUAUAUGCGAGAGAUCUGGUUCCAGGCACAGAGAGAAAGCGCAGUGUGCAGUGGCUCAUUCGUGACACCAACAUCGGGUUCCGUGUGUCAAAGAAGGUCAUCCAGUACCACCCCGAUAUGCGUGCACUGGACCAGCUCAUCCGGGCGAAUGCAAAGAAAGCGGCUGAUAGCAAACUGAAGCGGGCCCAAAGAACUAACGCACAGAUGCCAGCCAUGCCUGUAAUCGCAAAGAAAGCUGAAACUAGCGUCUUUUAGAUAGAAUGAAUAGUGCAUGUAUCUACCGCAUAUCCAGCAAAUUGACAAGCUGUCAAUCCUGCUGCGCUGGCAAGGAGCAAGACGAUGCCCCCUCUUUCCUCCCAGACACUCUGUGUUUUAUUUUUCCACCUUCUUAUAUUAAAGCAGCCUCUGAUGGCAAACACGACAAAGUGCAAUGCCUCCAAAGCGUAUAAGCUAAGGUUGUUAGCUGCGUCUAUCAGAAUUAUUGGGAGGCACAGGUGGUCAAUGGCAAGAACAAGGUCGUGCAGGGCUAUGUCACCUACAUUCGCUUUGUGGAAACGCGGCGUAUCUGCUAUAGUUCCUUGCAAAUGGGGACCUGG